GCUGCUACUUUCUACAGAAUAAUCAAUCAACAACCUGCAAAUUCGUUCUUUUUAUAUAAAUUUGAAGAAUAAAAAUUUAAAAAAUGGGCAAAAACGAUCCAUCAGAUGAUCCCGAUCCAUCGCAAUAUUUGAUCGUUUCAUUGGAACAGAAACGAAAAGAUCAAACAAAACCAUAUGAUGGUAAAAAAAUGGUCUGGGUACCGGAUACGGACAAAUGUUUUCUAUUGGGUGAAAUUCAAUCAACAAAAGGUGAUGUCUGUACGGUUGCCGUAAAGGGUGAUGAGCGUCAAGUAAAAAAAGAUUUAUUACAACAAGUUAAUCCACCAAAAUUUGAAAAAACCGAAGAUAUGGCCAACCUAACCUAUUUGAAUGAAGCAUCCGUAUUGCAUAAUCUUAGAGAACGUUAUAAUUCCAAUAUAAUCUAUACCUAUUCUGGCUUGUUCUGUGUGGUAAUCAAUCCAUAUAAACGUUUUCCAAUCUAUACUAAUCGUGUAGUACAAAUGUAUCGUGGUAGACGUCGUACAGAGGUACCACCACAUUUGUUUGCCAUUUCUGAUGGUGCUUACACUGACAUGUUGUCCAAUCGAGAAAAUCAAUCCAUGUUGAUUACUGGUGAAUCAGGUGCAGGUAAAACUGAAAAUACGAAAAAAGUCAUCACCUAUUUUGCUACAGUAGCCGCUUCUGGUUAUAAACAUAAAUUCUCUACUGGUGGCAAUUUGGAAGAUCAAGUUGUACAAACUAAUCCGGUAUUGGAAGCAUUCGGUAAUGCUAAAACCGUACGUAAUGAUAAUUCAUCACGUUUCGGUAAAUUUAUCCGUAUCCAUUUCGGACCAAUGGGUAAAUUGGCUGGUGCUGAUAUUGAAACCUAUUUGUUGGAAAAAGCUCGUGUCAUCUCUCAACAAUCAUUGGAACGAUCAUACCAUAUUUUCUAUCAAAUUAUGUCUGGUGCUAUUAAUGGUUUAAAAGAAAAAUUAUUAUUGUCCAACGAUAUCCAUGAUUACUUUUUCGUAUCACAGGGUAAAACAGAUAUCCCUAAUGUUGAUGAUGCUGAAGAAAUGCGUUUGACCGAUGAAGCUUUCGAUGUAUUGGGUUUUUCUGCUGAAGAAAAAUUCGACAUCUAUCGUAUUACAUCGGCUGUAAUGCAUAUUGGUCAAAUGAAAUUCAAACAACGACCACGUGAAGAACAAUGUGAACCAGAUGGUAUGGAAGAAGGUGAAAGAGUUGCACAUUUAUUGGGAUUGAAUGCAGCCGAUUUAUAUAAGAAUCUAUCGAAACCAAGAAUCAAAGUUGGUAAUGAAUUUGUCACACAAGGUCGUACAGCUGCACAGGUUAGCUAUUCAAUUGGUGCAUUAGCUAAAGCCAUGUAUGAUCGUCUAUUCAAAUGGAUGGAAAAAUUGAAUGAAACAUUGGAUACACAACAAAAACGACAAUACUUUAUCGGUGUAUUGGAUAUUGCUGGCUUCGAAAUCUUUGAUUUCAAUUCAUUUGAACAAUUGUGUAUUAAUUUUACCAAUGAAAAAUUGCAACAAUUCUUCAAUCAUCACAUGUUUGUACUUGAACAAGAAGAAUAUAAACGUGAAGGUAUUAAUUGGGAUUUUAUUGAUUUCGGUAUGGAUUUGGCUGCCUGUAUUGAAUUGAUUGAAAAGCCUAUGGGUAUCUUAUCCAUUCUUGAAGAAGAAUCUAUGUUCCCAAAAGCUACCGAUAAAACAUUUGAAGAAAAAUUGAAAACCAAUCAUUUGGGUAAAUCACCAAAUUUCCAGAAACCGAAACCACCAAAACCAGGCUGUAAAGAAGCCCAGAUGGCCAUUGUACAUUAUGCUGGCACUGUACCAUACAAUGUUAUUGGUUGGCUUGAAAAGAAUAAAGAUCCAUUGAAUGAUUGUGUUGUUGAUCAAUUUAAACAUGGAUCAAAUAAUUUAAUACAAACCAUCUUUGAAGAUCAUCCAGGUUUAGGCGGUGGUGAUGAUGGCGGUAAAGGCGGUAAAGGUGGUGGACGUAAAAAGGGUUCCGGUUUCCAGACUGUAUCGGCAUUGUACAGAGAACAAUUGAACAAAUUGAUGGCAACAUUACGUUCAACACAACCACAUUUUGUUCGUUGUAUUAUUCCCAACGAAACCAAAUCUCCAGGUGUUAUUGAUGCUCAUUUGGUUAUGCAUCAAUUAACCUGUAAUGGUGUAUUGGAAGGUAUUCGUAUCUGUCGUAAAGGUUUCCCAAAUCGUAUGGUUUAUCCAGAUUUCAAACAACGUUAUACAAUUCUUGCACCAACUGCCGUACCUAAAGGUUUUGUUGAUGCUAAAGUGGCUGCCGAAAAAGUACUCAGUGCUAUCCAAUUGGAUGAGAAUGAUUUCCGUUAUGGCCAUACAAAGAUUUUCUUCCGUGCCGGUGUUCUCGGUCGUCUUGAAGAGAUGCGUGAUGAUCGAUUGAGCAAGAUUAUGACAUGGUUACAAGCCUGGAUCCGUUGGUAUUUCGUUAAAAAGAAUUUCAAAAAGCUUCAAGAUCAACGUGUCGCUUUGUUGGUCAUCCAACGAAACUUGCGAAAAUUCCUUACCCUUCGAAAUUGGUUGUGGUGGAAAUUGUAUUCGAAAGUCAAGCCAUUGCUCAACGUUGCUCGUGUUGAAGAUGAACUUAAAGCUUUGGAAGAGAAACUUAAAAAAGAAACCGAAGCACGCGAAAAAGAAGAAAAAUUAAGAAAAGAUUUGGAAGUACAGAAUGUCAAAUUGUUGCAAGAGAAAAACGAUUUGUACUUGCAAUUGGAAGCCGAACGAUCAUCAUCCGGUGAUGUUGAGGAACGUUUGAUGAAAGCCGUUUCACAGAAAAAUGAUUUAGAAAGCCAAUUAUCGGACUUGCAAGAUCGAUUAUCACAUGAAGAGGAUGCCCAUGCUAGCCUUAGCUCAUCGAAAAAGAAAUUGGAAAAUGAAAUCCAAAAUCAAAAGAAAGAAAUUGAAGAUUUGGAACUUGCCUUACAAAAAGCUGAACAAGACAAACAAUCCAAAGAUCAUCAGAUCCGAAACCUUAACGAUGAGAUCGCCCAUCAAGAUGAAUUGAUCAAUAAAUUGAAUAAAGAAAAGAAAAACUUGCAAGAGAUGGGCCAAAAAACUGCCGAAGAUUUGCAAGCCACUGAAGAUAAGGUCAACCAUUUGAACAAGGUGAAAGCCAAAUUGGAACAAACCUUGGACGAAUUGGAAGAUAGCUUGGAACGUGAAAAGAAAGCACGUGCUGAUAUCGAAAAGAACAAACGUAAAGUUGAAGGCGAUUUGAAAUUGGCACAGGAAGCUGUUGCUGAUUUAGAAAAGAAUAAAAAAGAAUUGGAAACCAAUUUGCAACGUAAAGAAAAAGAGUUGCAAAGUUUGGCCUCAAAACUUGAGGAUGAACAGGCAUUGGUUGCCAAACUUCAGAAACAAAUCAAAGAACUUCAAUCACGAAUUGAAGAAUUGGAAGAAGAAUUGGAAUCUGAACGACAAGCUCGUGCUAAAGCUGAAAAACAACGUGCCGAUUUAGCACGUGAAAUUGAAGAAUUAAGUGAACGAUUAGAGGAAGCUGGCGGUGCCACUUCAUCACAAAUCGAAUUGAAUAAACGUCGUGAAGCAGAAAUGGCUAAACUUCGUCGUGAUCUUGAAGAGGCCAACCUUAAUCAUGAACAAGCCAUGUCAGCAUUGCGUAAAAAACAUAAUGAUUCUGUUGCCGAAUUGAGUGAACAAGUGGACCAAUUGACCAAAGCCAAACAACGUGUUGAAAAAGAAAAACAACAAGUGAAAGCUGAAUUCGAUGAUUUGAAAGGAAGCGUCGAUCAUCUUGCCAAAGAUAAGGCCAAUAUUGAAAAACAAAACAAACAAUUGGAAAUGCAAUUGGGUGAAGUUACAGGCAAAUUAGAUGAAGCUAAUCGUAAUUUGAGCGAUUUCGAUGCCUCCAAAAAGAAAUUGGCCGCUGAGAAUGGCGAAUUGCAACGUCAAUUGGAGGAUGCUGAAUCACAGGUCAACCAGUUGACCAAACUCAAGAGCUCAUUGCAAAGUCAAUUGGAGGAAGCUAAACGAACGGCCGAUGAAGAGAGCCGAGAACGUGCUUCCGUCAUGUCGAAACUCCGUAAUUUGGAACACGACCUCGACAAUGUCCGUGAAUCUCUUGAAGAAGAAACUGAAGCCAAAGCCGAUUUGCAACGACAACUUAGCAAAGCUAAUGCCGAAAUUCAACAAUGGCGAGCCAAAUUCGAAUCUGAAGGUCUUGCACGGUUGGAAGAAUUGGAAGAGGCUAAAAAGAAAUUGGGCGUCAAAUUACAAGAGGCCGAUGAACAUAUUGAACAACUUAAUUCCAAAGUGGGCUCAUUGGAAAAGACCAAACAACGUUUGCAAGGCGAAAUCGAAGACAUGUCGAUCGAAGUGGAACGUGCCAAUGCAUUGGCUGCAACACUCGAAAAGAAACAGAAAACAUUCGACAAAGUUAUUGCCGAAUGGAAACAAAAAACCGACGAUUUGGCUGCCGAAUUGGAUGCUUCGCAGAAAGAAUGCCGAAACUAUUCAACAGAAUUGUUCAAACUUCGUGCCGCAUACGAAGAAAGCCAAGAACAAUACGAAGCUGUUAAACGAGAAAACAAAAAUCUCCAAGAUGAGAUCAAAGAUUUGCUCGAUCAAUUGGGAGAAGGUGGCCGAUCGGUACACGAAUUGGAAAAAUCACGAAAACGAUUGGAAAUGGAGAAAGAAGAAUUGCAAGCAGCUCUAGAGGAAGCCGAAGCUGCAUUGGAACAAGAAGAGAACAAAGUAUUGCGUGCUCAAUUGGAAUUGUCCCAGGUUCGACAAGAAAUCGACCGACGAUUGCAAGAGAAAGAGGAAGAAUUCGAAAAUACUCGAAAGAAUCAUCAACGUGCCUUGGAUUCGAUGCAAGCCAGCUUGGAAGCCGAAUCACGACAGAAAGCCGAAGCUUUACGUAUGAAAAAGAAACUCGAAUCAGAUAUCAACGAAUUGGAAAUUGCAUUGGAUCAUGCCAACAAAGCCAAUGCCGAAGCCCAGAAGAAUAUCAAAAAAUACCAACAGAAUAUCAAAGAAUUGCAAACAGCAUACGAAGACGAACAACGUGCUCGGGACGAAGCCCGUGAACAAUAUGCCAUGGCUGAAAGACGAUGCAAUGCAUUGCAAGGAGAAUUGGAAGAAAGUCGACAAUUGUUGGAACAAGCUGAUCGUGGCCGACGACAAGCCGAAGGUGAAUUGGCCGAAUUACAUGAUCAAGCCAAUGAUUUGUCUGCCAACAAUGCAUCAUUAUCGAUGGCCAAACGUAAAUUGGAAGGUGAAAUGCAAGCCUUACAAGCCGAUUUGGAUGAAAUGCUCAACGAAGCCAAACAAUCCGAAGAGAAAGCCAAAAAAGCUAUGGUCGAUGCUGCUCGAUUGGCUGAUGAACUUCGUGCCGAACAAGAACAUGCUCAACAACAAGAAAAAAUGCGAAAAGCAAUGGAACAACAAAUCAAAGAUUUGCAAGUACGAUUGGAAGAAGCCGAACAAGCUGCAUUGAAAGGUGGCAAAAAGACUAUCCAAAAAUUGGAACAAAAACUUCGCGAAUUGGAACAAGAAUAUGAAAGCGAACAACGACGACAUGGUGAUGCAUCGAAGAACUUGCGUAAAGCUGAACGUCGUAUCAAGGAAUUGCAAUUCCAAGCCGAUGAAGAUCGUAAAAACUAUGAACGUAUGCAAGAUUUGAUCGAUAAAUUACAACAAAAGAUCAAAACAUACAAACGACAAAUUGAAGAAGCUGAAGAGAUUGCUGCCCUUAAUUUGGCUAAAUAUCGUAAAGUACAACAAGAAUUGGAAGAUGCUGAAGAACGUGCCGAUAUGUCCGAAAAUGCAUUGGCUAAACUUCGUGCACGAAACAGGAGCUCUGCAUCAGCUACACGUGGUGUUAGUCCUGGACAGGCUGUACCAAAACCAAGAAAAACACGCGUUGAAGAUGAAUAAACGCAUCUCCACAUAUUUAUCCAAAACACAUGAACACACACACACCCAUUCAUUUAUUUAUGUUCUUCAAAAUCAGAAAUUGAUUAAUUAUCCUUAUUCACUUACAUACACACCCACACAUAGACACAAAAUCACCAAUCUAUCUACUAAAAUUAAAUCCAAAAAAAAACGUUAUUUGUCGUUGAUAAAAUAAUGAUAAGAAUAAUCAAUCAAACCACCAAGACAGUGUGUCACCAUUGUUAUUUCUAUCGUAUUUAUUAUUAUAAUUACAAUUAUUUAAAUUGUCCAAUUUUAUUUUGAAAAUGAUUCUAUUGUAAUAACAUCGUAGAUCAACAAAUAUC